AUGUAUUCUUUAUUCAGACUGAGGUGCUGCAGUUUGUCAGAGAUCAGCUGUGAUACUCUGGUCUCAGCUCUGAAGUCCAACCCCUCCCAUCUGAGAGAUCUGGACCUGCGUAACAACAAUCUGAAGGAUUUAGGAGUGAAGCUGCUGAGAGAUCUUCUGGAGAGUCCAGACUGCAGAUUGGAGAAACUCAGACUGGAGCGCUGCAGGUUGUCAGAGAUCAGCUGGGCUGCUCUGAUCUCAGCUCUGAAGUCCAACCCCUCCCAUCUGACAGAUCUGGACCUGAGUUACAACAAACUGCAGGAUUCAGUAGUGAAGCUGCUGAGUGAUCUUCUGGAGAGUCCAGACUGCAGACUGGAGACUCUCAGACUGACUGGCUGCAGGUUGUCAGAGAUCAACUGUGCUGCUCUGAUCUCAGCUCUGAAGUCCAACCCCUCCCAUCUGAGAGUUCUGGACCUGAGGAACAACAACCUGAAGGAUUCAGGAGUGAAGCGGCUCUGUGAUCUUCUGAAGAGUCCAGACUGCAGACUGGAGAAACUCAGACUGAGGUGCUGCAGUUUGUCAAAGAUCAGCUGUGCUGCUCUGAUCUCAGCUCUGAAGUCCAACCCCUCCCAUCUGAGAGAUCUGGACCUGAGUCACAACAAACUGAAGGAUUCAGUAGUGAAGCUGCUGAGUGAUCUUCUGGAGAGUCCAGACUGCAGACUGGAGAAUCUCGGACUGAGGAGCUGCAGUCUGUCAGAGAUCAGCUGUGCUGCUCUGAUCUCAGCUCUGAAGUCCAACCCCUCCCAUCUGAGAGAUCUGGACCUGAGUUUCAACAUCAACCUGAAGGAUUCAGGAGUGAAGCUGCUGAGUGAUCUUCUGGAGAGUCCAGACUGCAGACUGGAGACUCUCAGCAUCUCUAUUCACUCUCUGUCCUAA